ACAUUCUCCAACAACUCCUCUCAGUCCCAAGCCCCUCCCCAUCUUCUGUCUGCAGACAACAUACGUAAUAGGCCGGCAGAGAUCUUCUUUGUUCUUGUCUUGUGUUCGUCGACAACAACCUCUUAAUAUAAUUCUUGAAUUCCGAACCCCCAGGUUCUGAGGACGAUCGAUCAGACUCCAGAAAAGAUGGGUGUAGGGAGUGAAAUAGGAAGCCAAGGCUACCAAACCGAUCCGGGCUCCGAGUCGGACACGGGAAGCGCGAGAGUUGGGUUCAGUGGCCCUCUGAGCGGCCCCCUGACCAGCAACAAGAGAAGCAGCAACAGACGAAGCGCAAGGUUCAAAGACGGGGAAGACUAUGUGGAAAUAACACUGGACGUCCGAGACGACUCGGUUUCGGUUCACAACGUCAAGGGAGGUGACCCGGAGACGGCAUUACUGGCCAGCCGUCUGGAGCGGCGGCCUUCUCUGGGCUCCCAGUUCUCCAUGAAGAUACGGCAGGUCUCACAGGAGCUCCGGCGCAUUACUUCCAACAACAAGUUCAACAGGGUCGAUCGAACCAAGUCGGGAGCCACCCGUGCCUUACGAGGCCUCCAGUUUAUCACCAAGAACGUCGGCUCCGAUGGCUGGGCCGAGGUCGAAAGGCGGUUUAACGAGUUGCAGGUAGACGGUUCACUUCCCAGGACCCGGUUUGGUAAAUGCAUAGGAAUGAACGAUUCGGGCGAGUUCGCGACUGAGUUAUUCGACGCACUGGCUCGUAGGAGAGGAAUAGUGUCUCACUUGAUCACCAAAAUCGAGCUUCGAGAGUUCUGGGAGCAGAUAACCGAUCAGAGUUUCGACGCCAGGCUGCAGACGUUCUUUGACAUGGUUGACAAGAAUGCAGACGGGAGAAUCACGGAAGAAGAAGUGAAAGAGCUGAUCACGCUAAGUGCUUCGGCUAACAAGCUGUCAAGCAUUCUGGAACGAGUUGAUGAGUACACGGCCAUGAUCAUGGAAGAGUUGGACCCUAAUAACCUGGGUUACAUUGAGGUCUACAAUUUGGAGAUGCUACUGCUGCAAGCGCCCAGUCAGUCGACGAAUCUAGGGAUGACCCAGAGUCGUAACCUCAGCCAAUUGCUGAGCCAAAAGCUGGUUCCGACCAAAGAGCCCAACCCCAUCAAGCGAUACUACCGGAAGGCGGCUUACUUCCUUGAGGACAACUGGAAGCGAGUUUGGGUGCUGGCGCUCUGGGUUUCCAUCUGCGUCGGCCUCUUCACAUGGAAGUUCAUCCAGUACAAGCAUCGGGCCGUGUUCGAUAUCAUGGGCUACUGUGUUACCACGGCCAAGGGCGGAGCCGAGACGACCAAGUUCAACAUGGCCAUCAUUCUCCUCCCGGUUUGCAGAAACACGAUAACAUGGCUCAGAAGCAAAACCAAGCUGGGAAUGGUUAUUCCCUUCGACGACAAUAUCAACUUCCACAAGGUCGUCGCUCUGGGGAUUGCCAUCGGAGUAGGGCUCCACGCCGUUGCUCACAUAACCUGCGAUUUCCCACGUCUGUUACACGCCACAGAUGCAGAGUAUGAGCCGAUGAAGCCCUUCUUCGGUGAGGAACGCCCUCCUAACUAUUGGUGGUUUGUGAAAGGAACGGAGGGUUGGACUGGGGUCACGAUGCUGGUGCUCAUGAUCAUUGCGUACGUAUUAGCCCAGCCUUGGUUCAGAAAGAACAGGCUCAGGCUUCCGAAAUCCCUCAAGAAGCUUACUGGUUUCAAUGCCUUCUGGUACUCCCACCACCUGUUUGUUAUUGUUUACGUCCUGUUCGUCAUUCAUGGUUACUUCCUCUACCUCCAGAAGAAAUGGUACAAGAAAACUACAUGGAUGUAUCUCGCAGUACCAGUCACAUUGUAUGCAUGCGAGCGCUUGAUUCGCACCUUCCGGUCUGGCUAUAAGACAGUUAAGAUUUUGAAGGUUGCCGUCUAUCCAGGAAAUGUGUUAGCACUCCAUAUGUCUAAACCCCAAGGAUUUAAGUACAGAAGCGGGCAAUAUAUCUUUGUCAACUGUUCCGCUGUUUCUUCUUUGCAAUGGCAUCCUUUCUCUAUUACAUCAGCCCCCGGAGAUGAUUAUCUGAGCAUUCAUAUUCGCACAUUAGGUGACUGGACAUCGCAGCUCAAAGCUGUCUUUGCUCAGGUGUGUCAACCCCCAACCGAAGACCAGAGUGGGCUUCUGCGAGCUGAUAUUAAAACAGGCUCCAACCCCCCGAGGUUGCCAAGACUGUUGAUUGAUGGUCCAUAUGGAGCCCCGGCACAGGACUACAAAGAAUAUGAUGUCCUGCUCCUUGUUGGGCUGGGGAUUGGAGCCACACCACUGAUCAGUAUAGUUAAAGACGUUCUGAACAACAUCAAGCAACAGAAUGACGUUGAGGAAGGUGCCGUAGAAGUUGGAUCCAAGGACAACAAGAAGAAACCUUUUGCCACAAAACGAGCCUACUUCUACUGGGUUACCCGUGAACAAGGCUCAUUUGAAUGGUUCAGGGGAGUACUGAAUGAGGUUGCAGAGUAUGACCGAGAUGGGGUCAUCGAGCUUCACAACUACUGCACCAGUGUCUACGAGGAAGGUGAUGCUCGGUCGGCGCUCAUCACCAUGCUCCAAUCGCUCCACCAUGCCAAGAGUGGUGUAGAUAUUGUAUCCGGGACACAGGUGAAGACUCACUUCGCUAGGCCAAACUGGCGGAAUGUUUUCAAGCACGUCGCCGUUAACCACACUGAUCAGCGCGUCGGGGUGUUCUACUGUGGGGCUCCUGGAUUGACCGGCGAGUUACGACGGUUAGCACAAGACUUCUCCAGGAAGACGACGACCAGGUUUGAUUUCCACAAGGAGAAUUUUUGAGUUCAGAGCUUGCACAGGGUCGCUAGCUAUAUACCUAGUACAUAAUAUUGUAGUGCAUAUACCACACAGUGUGAUAUUUUUCUUUUGAUUGUUUUUUAUUUGAUUUUUUUUUUUAGUUAGACACUUGUAAUUUGUAAGCAGUUAGUUGUGUCUAAUUUCAUUACAAAUUAGUGAAUUAGUAAUUGUUGGACGAAGGGUGGAUGUGAUUUUUGUUGAUUAAUCUCACCUUAUCUGUUGUUGAUCAA